CAGAGUCGCCAUGUUGAGAUUAGAUGUUGUUGUGUGCGGAAAAGUUUGUAGUAAAAAUGCAGUAAAUUAAAAAAUCUUAACAAUAAAUUAGGAAAAUAAGGAAAAAGAAAAACAGUUAACAUACAAAAAGUGUUUUUGUUCUUUUUAAUAAUUUACAAAUAAUAAAUUCUAUUAAAAAAAGAAACUGCCGGAUAAGCACAAAUCAAAAUUGACUUUCUUUUCAUUCAUUCUUGCUGCUGCUGUUAAAUAUUUUGUCUACUCUGUCAUUCGUUCGGUCGGUCCUAUUGGAAAAAAUAAUUUUUUGUGUAUCAAAUGAAAAAUCUUGUAUGUGAAUUGAAUUUAAAUAAAUUUUAAUUUAAGUGAUAAAUAGAAAAAAAGGAAAUAAGUGAAUAAUAAAUAUAAAACGUCAGUUAACAAAUAGAUUAAUAAAUUAUUCUAUCAAACAUAUAAAUUCUUAGAAAGUUGUGUUUGUUCUUUUUUGGUUUUUUUUACUUUAUGUUUUUUUGCAAAAACACAAAGAAAGUAUUUUAAAUGAGUGUAUUUGUGCGUAUGUUUGUAUAAGCUGGGUAUUAAAAAAGAAAACAAAAUAAAACAAAUGUUAAAAAAGAGCAAUAAUGUUUUAAAAAGAGAGCAGAUUUUAAUGAACAAAUUCAAGACCGCAUUUGUUGUUUUUGUUGUCGUGCAAGUGUUUUUAUUUUUUUGGAACUCCUCGUUCAGUUUGUUGAUGAAGUAAACAGAUGAGGUGAGUUGGUGCUGAUGGUGGUGGUGGUGGUGAAGAAUAUCAACAUAUUUGUGAUUUUAAGAACAACAUUUGCAACGCAACAGUAGUUGAACGCAGCAGCAGAAACUGAAAACUUGACGACUGACUAAGCAGCAGAAUAGCUUCCGGUGGGUCUGGAAAUAUAUCAUCAAAAACCAACAUAUAUAUUUAAACACCAACAACAACUACAAAAGCAUUCAGCCUUAAGCAUCCAUUCAUAAUUUUUUAUUUUUAUUAUAAUUGUUGUUGUUGCUGUUCUGUUGGUGUGGAGGUACUUUUGCAGCAAUCAUAAAAAACAACAAAAACUACAAGAACAAUGGAUUGUCCCCAAAUCGAUUUGUAUGAAUUUCUAACGGAGGCCGAACUGCAACAUUAUUACAAUGCUGUCAAAGAUGAACUUAAGAUAACUAAUGCUUCACAAUUCAAAUAUGCCACCGAUGAAGAUCUCAAAAGUAUUGGUAUGUCAAGACCGGAAAUCCGGCGUUUACGUAAAUUCUAUGAAAAAUAUUUCCCUCAUGGUUAUUUGAGUAAAAUAAAACGCCUGCUGCAUGCCCCCACCUCAAUGGUGAAGAAAGAUGAAAUGACGGGUAGUGUUACAAGUACAACAGCUGCCAGUCCUUCGGGCAGUUUAAGUGGUACGGCAACAGGUCCUACAUCAAAGACUAGCAGUUCGCCCAGUAAAGCACCAAACAAUAAACACAUCAUACCGGCCGAUGCCAUAAGUGUUAAUAAACAAUUGGGCACUGGAGAAUUUGGUAUAGUGCAACAGGGUGUGUGGACUAAUGGCUCGGAAAGGAUACAAGUUGCCAUAAAAUGUCUUUGUCGCGAACGUAUGCAAUCGAAUCCCAUGGAAUUUUUAAAAGAAGCCGCCAUUAUGCAUUCCAUUGAACAUGAAAACAUAGUGCGUUUAUAUGGUGUGGUCUUGGCUACCGAUUCCCUAAUGUUGGUCACCGAAUUGGCUCAUUUACGUUCAUUGCUGGAGUGUUUAAAAGAUCCCGGUUUGAGAGUAAGUUUUUUGACGGUGCCCACUUUGUGUGAAUUUGGUUUACAAAUUUGCAAUGGCAUGCGUUAUUUGGAAAAUAAACGUUUGAUACACAGAGAUUUGGCAGCUCGUAAUAUUUUAGUUUUUAGCAAAAAUAAAGUAAAAAUAUCUGAUUUUGGUUUGUCACGUGCUUUGGGUGUGGGCAAAGAUUAUUACAAGACCAAUUUCAAUGUCAAUCUAAAAUUGCCCAUUGCCUGGUGUGCUCCAGAAUGUAUAAAUUACUUGCGCUUCACCAAUGCCUCAGAUGUGUGGGCUUUUGGUGUUUGUUUGUGGGAAAUGUUCUCAUACGGGUUUCAACCUUGGGCUGCUUUAACAGGUCUACAAAUAUUGGAAGCUAUUGAUGCUCCUAAUUAUCAGCGUCUAGAACAACCCGAAUGUUGUCCCAGAGAGUACUAUACUUUGAUGAUGAAAUGCUGGCAAGAUGAUCCUAGUAAACGACCAAAAUUUUCUGAAAUUUAUGAAAUGUUGCCCGACAUGAAACCCGAACAACUCAAGGCAGUGGCCAACUGCUUAGAAGCGAAAACUAAAGAACAUUUGGUUUAUCGACAGAAUGAUAUAAUCACGGUAUUGGAUCGCAACACGGGCACACCAUAUUGGAAAGGUGUUUUGAAUACGGGCAAAACAGUUUUUAAUCCUUCAAAUACAGUAGCAUAUGUCGAAGGUCUUCCAACUUUGAACAGAGAUUCCUUCAGUCGUAAUGCUAACGAACGUUGUAGCAAACGUAAAUUAAGAACUGAAAUGAUAUCGAAACCUCAAAAUGAUUUUAAACAUACCGGCCAUGUUGGCAUAGACGGAGCUUCCUUUGGUGAUAUUGCAUUUUUGGGUACAACACAAAAUUAUAACCAUGUGCCACGACAAAUUGUUACCCAUAAACCUUCAGAGGAUAUUGAACAAACGCCUCUACUCCUACCGCCCACCCCAACUAGUCCGGAUUCAUUGCAAACUGCCAGUGGUUAUUUUGCUGACGAUUCUGCUAAUAAUAAUUCCACAAUGAAUCCUUCUUUCGUACCCUCGACUGAAAAUACACCAAAACAUUUUGCCAACGGUCAAACAGGCACCACAUUCGAAUUUCCCACACACAAUACAAAUCCAUUUACGCACAAAACGAUCGACGACAGUACAAUGGCCCUUCAAAACAACAACUAUGGCAUUGAUAGAGGUAAAGAUAAUUUACUGUGGCGGCAUUCGUCCAUUACAAAUGGUAGUGGCGCUACCGGAGGAAGCGGUGUUACGUUUGAAGAACCUCAUGAAUAUCAUGAUAUCGAUGAUGAUGAAAUUACACCAGACAAAUUAGAUUUUGGACCAUCUCUGUUAGAUGAAAUCAAUUCCAUGUUUGGUUCCAUGUCUGCUACCUCAUCGUCAAAAAACUCCGAAUCUGAGUCGCAUAAUGCGACUGCUAAACGUUCAGAUUUUUCUGAUUUAACUUCUAAACUAAUACGUAAGAAUAGUGCAGGCGGUAACAGUUCGAAAAAAUCGAAAAAUUCUUGUGGCACUGUUAAGCAAAUUUCAGUAAAGGAUGAAAAGAUUCUUAAUCAUGCCAUAGAAAUAGCAAAUGAAAUAAGUGCUAGAUCCAUGUGUGAUUUGGUUUCUGAUCCAACACCCUCUACUCAAAGCCCCAAACGUAAAUUUAGUUUCCGUUUUCCUCAUCUAAGUGGUCAUGGAAGUAGCGAAUCUCAUGGCAGUGGAAUGUCCGCUACCAGCGGCACAGGUGGCUCUACUACUCAUAUGAAUUCAUUGUCUCCUCAUUCGAAAAAGAAAUUUACGGAGGAACUUAAAAGCAUACCAGACUUACAGGCCAUUAUCGGUGAUGAGGGACGUGAAGCUUACAAUAGCUUAAUUGAACGUAAACACACCAUGGAUAUCGAUACAACCGCAUGCCUGUUGAGAAAACAGGAGGCGACACAGUUUCCCUUGAAGUCGUCCAAGACAUUGCCAAGACGUUCGUGUCAUUUGAAAAAUGAUAGUGAUGAAUUUAUAUCCACGAUACCCUUGAGAUCGGCAGCAAAUGAACAUGAUUUGGUAAUACCGCCUAUACAAAAUGCACCACGACCUACCACCUUACCCACACGAGGCGCCGCUAAUCGUUUGCGGAAAGCUGAGUUGGGUUUGUUAAAAGAUGCCAAUCAUGCCAUGGAUAUGAACAGCAAUCCAGCAUUAAAUAAUCGUAUGGGUGAUAAUAUAUCACCCUGUGAAAGUCCUAGUUAUGUUACCAGUACUUCAUAUAAAUUUCCAGAACAAACCACAACUUCGCCAAACCAGGAAGGAGAGUCAAAUUCUUUGCCAGUUUUGCCACCCAAAGAGGGUAAAAAACAUAUACAGGCUAAUCCCAAACGUCAUGUACGCAAGUAUCCUUUAAUCAUACCGGCAAAUGGGGUGCAACGAACCCUCAAUAGAGUCAUGGGUGAUGAAGAUAAAACCUCAUUGCUUAAAACUAACACAACAGCAAAUUCUAAUCAGCGCAACUUGUCCACAGUCAAACCUUUUAAUAUCAACAAUAAUAAUAUGGCAGAAUAUGAAAAUACUUCGAAACUCCAAGGUGACUCUAGCAAAGAAGAAAGAACCUAUCAGAAUAUAGGCUCCGAUGAUACAGCCUCUUUACAGUUCGAAUCUAUUUUGGAGGCGGAUUCAAAUAAAGAUCAAGUUUUACAAUCUCCCGAUGUUACCGAUGGUUUUUACAAUUUCUCCAUACAAAAGGAUCACUAUCACAAGAGUAAAGAAGUGGACUUUGAUGCUCAAAAACUAGCAAGUGGUUUAUAUGUGAAUGAAGAUGAACUAAGGAAUUUAGAUAUUGACAAAAGUAUGGCCAAACUUAAUAAACAGAAUACGGAUAAUAAAAAAUCUAGUGAAAGUUUGGAUAAUAAAGUGUCUGUGACAGAGGAAAAACCUAAAGAUUUACCCAAAACCACCAUAGAAAUUACCGAAGAAAGCUUUGAUCAAAUACCGCCCUCUGUAGUGGCAACAACAUCGGCGGAAUUUUUAGCUAAAACCUCAACAACAACAGCAACGAAACCCUUAAAGGCGGAUAAUGAGCUUGCGGGCAAUGCUCUCUUCAAGAAAGUACGACAAUCUGUAGAACAAGCCAUGACUAAAACUACAGAUGCAGAUGAUGCAACACUUAAAACGGAUUUGGUUAAACCCCUAACCGAAGCAGAAUUAUUUUCGGCAGCAGUUAAUCGUCUAAACGAUUGCAAUUCCGUUAGUUGCGAGGAUUUACUAGAGUUUUCCGAUAAAAAACCUAAAGGUCAUGAGAGAGGAGUAGACUCGGAUGAAGUACGCAUAAUGAUGAAGGUUUUGGGAAAGGAUAGCUUUCCCGAACGCUGCUUAAAAUCUUUGGAAUUCAUAGACUGGGAUGUCCAUAAGGCCAUUAAGAUCAUUAAACUACAAAAUAUACUAAACGACAUGAAUUUGGAUUUACCAGAGACGGUGGAAUAUCUACUAAAAUACGACUGGGAUCUGCAUACCACAGCCAGACGUCUCAAAAGUUUAAAGACUUGAGCACUCGAACAUAUUUAAUUAAAAUAGACUUGGUUUUCCAUUUAUUUAAUUAACUAUGGUUAACUAUAUUAUUAAUUUAUAUAUUUUAUAUUAUUAACUAUUAAGAAAUUUGAGAUAUCUUUUCUACGGGAAAUAAAAAUCUAAUUAACGCAUGCAUUUCUAUGUUUGUCUAUACGUAACCUUAAGAAAUUUCGAAGAAAAUUUGCAAAUUUAACUUUUUUUGUACUUAUUAUGAUCAAAUUAUUUUUUAAAUAACAUUUAAUUACGUUAUUAGACGUAAGUUUUUAUAUUUUUAACAUUUCAUUAUUUAACAUUCAUUAAGUGAAUAAGUGCCUUUUGUGUAACCAUGAUGAUCUUAUAAAGAAUAAAAAUCGAACAUUUAUUAAAAA